AGCUAAGAACCCUAUUAGAACAAUGUCUGUUCGGGGCGGGCUCUUAAGGCAAACCGAAUUGAAACCAUUAAACCCUAAACCCCUCUUUCACCUUAAUCGAAGAGACGAGAAGAGAAGCCACGCCACCGCUGCAAUGGCGUCGGACGACUUACACGACGUCGCUCGCAAGCCGAGGCUGCUCCGAUCGCUUCUCCGAGACUACAUUCCUGAUGCCAAGCACCCGUUUAGUAACCCUUUGGAUAUGUCGUUUGUUGUUUCUGUUAUCAAGACGCAUAGUUUGCUGUCAGAAUCGGCUCCGCAGCCCACGGACGAUAAUGUGAUGAAUUCCUGGAAAUUAGCUGUUGAUUCGUGGAUGAAUAGAUUGCUUACUCUCGCAUCAAGUAAUUUGCAAGAGAAGUGCUGGGCUGGGAUAUGUCUGCUUGGAAUAACCUGUCUGGAAUGCAGUUCGGAGAGAUUCGUGUCUUCAUACGAUGUUUGGUUGAAUAAACUUCUAUCACAAAUUCAGCUUCCAGAAAUAUCUCCUUUUGUGAAGGUUGCCUCGUGUGCCACAAUAUCGGAUUUGUUGACCAGGUUGAGUGGUUUUGCAAAUGCGAAAAAGGAUGCAACUUCCCAUGCCUCCAGAGUUGUUCCUCUAGUAGUGAAGUUGCUAAAUGAGGAUAAAUCUUCUAUUGUAUUGGAGGAAGCUGUCUGUCUGAUAUGUACCCUGAUAAAUCUCUUUCCAAUAUCUGUCCAGCGGCAUUAUGAUAGUGUUGAAGUUGCUAUUGCCUCAAGACUUUUGUUGGACCAAGGCUGUGGCAGCAUGUUUAAGAAGCUUGGUUACAGCUUGUCCUUACUUCCGAAAUCAAGAGGAGAUGCCGAUAGUUGGUCCUUAUUGAUGGAUAAGAUAUUGCUAUGCAUGAACAAUUUGUUGACUGCCAUUUUAAAUGGCCUAGAAGAAGAGGCUAGGAGUUCUAAAACUACAAGAGCAUUGUUUCCUUCCGGAAAAGAACCCCCAGCACCACUUGGAGGCCCAGCAGUGUUUGAACAAAUCUCAGAUCUUUCAGCAAGGAGGCCCGAGCGGCUGUUGGGGUCUAGAAUUUCUGUUCUUAUGCAAUGCUGUUGCAACUUGCUCACAAAUACUUACCCUGUUAUGGUUUCUGUUCCUAUUCAUGCUAUAAUAUACCUUGCUGAGAGAGCUCUGCUAAUUGACUGUUCCUUGCUUCCAUCCUCAUAUGAGUUCUUGACCACAAUGGAUCAUGAUUUCAUUUGUUCAGAAAUUCCACUUCUUCAAUUGCAUAGUCUGGAAAUUCUUGCAUCUGUUAUCGAGGGGUUGGGCAGCCAAACAUUACCACAUGUUGCAAGCAUUAUGCAACUGCUGAGUGAAUACUUGAGGAGAAGCAAAGUUCCGGAUUUGAGGAGAAAAUCAUAUUUGAUUGUGAAAGUCUUGCUGAUGUCAAUGGGCAUUGGGAUCACGAUGCAUGUGAGCCAGGCCAUCGUCAACAAUGUGUUUAUUGAUUUAGAUGUCCAUGGAGGUGAGAAGGAUUGCAAAAGUGCAAGUAGCUACUCAAAGGUCCAUACAGGUUCUCAUCAGAAGAAACGGAAGCAUUCUAACACCGAAAAAUCUAUUCAAGAACAACCUGCUAUUGAUACCUUGGAAGUUGAAACAGCACGUAAACUUACACCAAUAUCUGUGAGGAUAGCUGCUUUGGAGGCAUUAGACGCACUUCUGACAGUGGGUGGUUCUUUAAGAGCUGAAAACUGGCGAGGAAAUGUUGAUCGGCUACUCAUUAGUGUGGCUACAAAUGCUUGUAAAAGGGAAUGUUCCAUGGAAGAAAGAUUUCUUCUUUCAAGCGAUCCUUCGUUUACGUGGGAAGAUUUUCAAUUAGCUGCCUUGCGAACGCUUUUGGCAUCUAUUCUCUGCCCCAACCGUGUACGUCCACCGCAUCUAGGCCCAAGCCUAGAGCUUUUCCAAAGAGGUGCGCAGGCUACAGGCACUAAACUUGCUGAAUACUGUAGGCACGCGCUUCUUGCCUUGGAAGCUCUCAUACACCCGAGGGCUCUUCCGUUAGAUCUGGAUUCUAGUUCAGAUGGUUAUAAAUUUCAAAGUCACAAGUUGCCUGACAGGCAAGUUUCGACAUACAAAUUUGGAGAACUGGGAAAAGGCAAUGGUGAGCCGGAAUCAGAAGAAGACAACCUAAAUGAAACUUGGCUUGGAAAUGACGAUGAUAUGGAAGAUCAAGAGACAGAGACCCAGCAGACUGCAGACGAUACUGAAAGGCUUACUGCUACUGCAAGAGCUCCCGAACUCCCGAGUGUUAAUGUUGCUUCUGCCAUUCCCAUGACCGAAAAGAACCGGCUUACGACGUCAGCAAAUGUUCUUAACAGCAAAUUUACCGAUGCAACCAAGGAUCAUAUGCUCGAAUCGCAGGUUAGAAAUACAAGACAGCGAAUAGCGGAAGAUAUUGCACCAAUUGUGUCGGAACGAGGAAAUAUCGAAACUGCAUCAGUCGAGAACAAAGGAUUUCGAGAGAUGAAUUCUACACCUUUUGUGUCAGAUCUAGGAAAUAUCAAAUCUACAUCAGUUGAGAACAAAGAAUUUCGAGAGAUGAAUGCUACACCAGAACGGGAAGCAUCAGAACCCAACGACGACAAAUUGAACACUAUAGUCGAAAGAAUUUCUGCAACGCUCGUGCAGACAAGCACGGUGUUGGGAGUCAAACCAGAUGAUGACUCGGAUAUUGAAUCAAUCCCUGAUAUCGUGGAUGAAGAUCCGGAUUCUGAUUAACACGAAACCGAUCUCCAAGUAACUCUUUCAUCUUCGCUAGCUGACUUGGCUCGUUAGCUUUUGUUGUUAUGAUCCUCAGGAUUCAAGUGCUAUCUAUGCUGUCCUAAAGGUAUACUGUUGUCGAGCCAUACCCACAAAUUCUGCCCGGGCUCAGACCGCCAGGUUCGAUCCAAUUUUUGUUUACUUAUAAGUUUUUAGGUGAGAUAGUCACAGCGGUGCUUUUCUUGAUUUUGAAAAAUGCUACUCGACAAAUUAUGCUGAGGAUGGAUUAUACCACAUGUUUGUAUAUGUUUCGUGGAAGUUUUUUUGAGAAUGUAACAGGUUUUAAUCGAAAAUACGAUUUUGAAUAUACUAUGUAUUGUUUUAAAA